ACACGUGGGAGCCAGCCGUCUUACUUGGAUCCAGCGAAGAAGAAAAGGUGAUGUUUCCAUUGAAAAUUUUGAGAUCAAGCUCUGGGCUGGUGCCUUUAGUUGGUGCUCCGCAGUCCAACAAGAUGACACGGGAUGAAGAAGAUGAACACAAAUCCGCCCUUGAUGUAGCUAAUCCUGACGAAAUACUAAAAGUAAGCCCACGACGACGAAAGAAGGUUGUGACCUUCGCUAGCUUGGCAGAUCUCGCACAGGUACAAGCUUUGGCCACCAAUGAAGCAGACUCUAACACUUUGGAGUUAGAGAAAGCAGAUGGUUCCGAAGAACCAACGCAAGUGGCCCAACUUGAUCCAAGUCAUUUCUUGAAUAUGCCUCUAGAGGACUACGAUGCCACUGGCAAGAAUGUUCCGGCUGAUGAUACCUUUCUCGUGCUACGUCAGCAUGGGACCACAUCGAUUGGGCAUCACAUGUUCCGGUUCAACAGAGCUCGAUCUUUGUGGCUCCUUGGACCUUUGCACCCUCUUAGAAGGUGGACCAUAAGUUUGGUUACCAAUCCAUAUUUUGAACUGAUUAUCAUUCUGGUGAUUUUGGUAAAUUGCGUGUUCCUCGCGCUAAAAGACCCUCAUGAGGAAGCCGAGUACGUGUUCACUGCAAUAUACACUCUCGAAAUGCUAUUGAAGAUCAUAUCACGUGGACUUAUGCUUCACACGUACGCCUACCUCAGAGAUGCUUGGAACUGGCUUGAUUUCAUAGUUGUUGUUUUGGGGUACAUCACGAUGGCUCCAAAAAUCGCAAACUUCACGGCAAUACGAACAGUCCGUGUCCUGCGGGCUCUAAGGACAAUAUCCGUUGUUUCAGGUCUCCGAGCGAUGGUGAACACCUUACUCCGUUCGUUAAAGCUUCUGAGUGACGUCCUGGUUUUGUUUCUGUUCUUUCUCGCUGUCAUGGCGCUUAUUGGUCUGCAGCUGUUUGUUGGAGAAUUAAGAAAUAAAUGUGUUCGUGACCCGACAGCUAACUUUACUGACGACCUAGGAGGAUAUAUUCAAAAUGAAAGUGCCUGGCUCCUGCAAAAUGGUGAACCUGUUGUUUGCGGAAAUUCCUCUUGGGCAGGUUCUUGUCCUGUUAAUUACACUUGUAUGGCGGACGCUGGACCUAACCCUGAUUAUGGCUUUACCAGUUUCGACCACAUUGGUUGGGCAUUACUAAUGGCCUUCCAGAUCCUCACAAUGGACUACUGGGAAAACCUUUACAACAAGGUUGUAAGAGCCGUGGGUAUCUGGUAUGUCUUCUACUUUGUGAUCACCAUUUUCUUCUGCUCGUUUUAUCUUCUCAAUCUUGUGUUAGCCGUAGUAUACCUCUCCUAUGAGAAAGAACUGCAAUCUCUUGAACACGAGGAAAGGCGCAAGGAGCUUUUGAAGAAGACUGCCGCGUCCUAUAUUGCAGAUUCCGACUCAGUUAAGGUUCUCAAGCCACUGAAGAAACUCAGAAAGACCAGGAAAGCUAUGGCAGAAUUAACUCAGGCCGCCUGUAUCGUUACAGAAGUUCCAGAAGUUCAGCGAGGAGAUGCGAGCAAUCAGCUAAGCUUAGCGAAAACCGUGAUGACAUUCUUCCAACAUGUGAAGACAAAAUGUGAUAAUUUUUUCAACAAGUUUCCGUUUUUCAAGCCCAUGAGAAAGAGUAUGCGUGCUGCCGCUGAAUGUGCCACUUUUGACGUAGUCAUCAUAGGGAUAAUCUUGUUAAAUACCAUUGUACUUGCUCUUUAUCAUUACGGAAUUGAAAAGUCAUUCGAAAAUGUCCUGGACUUGUGCAAUAUGGUUUUCACGAUAAUAUUUGUGGCGGAGAUGAUAUGGAAGCUUAUCGCCUUUGGCCCGCUGACCUACGUGAAGAGCCGGUGGAACGUAUUUGAUGCUGUCAUCGUGAUUGCUAGUGUUGCUGGGUAUCUUACGGAGUCCGGUGGAAGCUUUAGUAUCUUUCGAAGCCUAAGACUGUUCCGAGUAUUAAAUCUUGCACAAUCAUGGAAGACAAUGAACAAAUUAGUCACUGCCAUAACCAAGAGCGUGGGGCCUGUUGGGAACAUAACUCUCAUUCUUGGUGUCAUCAUCUACAUAUUUGCUGUAGUAGGAAUGAGAGUAUUUGGUGACGCUUACACGGAAGACAAGUUUGGCAAUGAUGGAAUACCUCGCUGGAACUUCAAUGAUUUUUGGCACGCGUUCAUGAUGGUGUUCAGAGUGCUGUGUGGGGAGUGGAUUGAGCCUCUUUGGGACUGCAUGAGGGCCACCAGUCCAUUGGCCCUUCUUGUCUUCUUACCGGCAUUUGUCAUUGGUAACUUCAUUGUUCUCAAUCUUUUCAUUGCUCUCUUAUUGAGUGCAUUUGACUCUGAAGAAGAAGAAGAGAGUACCUCAGAUGACGACGAAGAACAAAACUCCAGGUUGAGACGCAUCUUUAAGAGACUAACCAAGACUAAAAAAACCCGCUUGUUUGUGGCCACUUUCAAAGAAAGGUACAAACUGUACGAGGUGCAGUUGUUGGAAAGCAACGUCACAACGCAGGGAAGCCCGACAAAUAAACACGAGGAAAGAAUGACAGGCGGAACGCAAGAAAUGACUUGUGAGGAUCAAUCGUCAAAAAGAACACCUAAAAAAUACCUUGUGGAAGUGGAUGACUGUCUGCCUGAGUGUUGUAUGUUCUCCAUGUCAUCGCGUUUGUAUUUUAGAUGGUUGAAGUUCCGGUGUAGUAUCAGGUGUCUGGUGGAGCACAAGUACUUCGAGUGGUUCAUUCUUUUUACCGUCAUGUUUAGUAGUUUCGUGCUGAUUUUUGAAGACAUCCACCUCCCAGAAAGGCCACUCUUGGCAAAGGCUUUAUAUAUUUUGAACUACUUCUUCGCUGCUGUCUUUUCUCUGGAGUUUCUCCUCAAGAUUUUUGGUCUUGGUGUCGUCAAGUAUUUCUCGUCAGUUUGGAAUUGUUUGGACGCAUUUAUCGUCGCAAUAUCGCUUGCUUGUCUUUCUGAGAACAAACAGUUAUCAGUCUUCCGAUCUCUUCGCACGCUACGGGCAUUGAGGCCUCUCAGGGCUAUAUCUCGCAUGGAGGGGAUGAAGGUUGUCAUCAACGCAUUAUUUGCAGCCAUUCCAGGUAUCGGUAACGUUCUCGUGGUAUCGCUCCUCUUUUGGUUAAUAUUCAGUAUCCUUGGUGUCCAACUGUUCUCCGGAAAGUUCCAAGAAUGCGUAGAUCAAGAUGGUGAAAGAAUUUCAGCUAACGUUGUUCGAAACAAAACAGAGUGCCUCCGCUUUCCGGAGAAAUACACUUGGAGGAAUGCCGAGGCCAAUUUUGAUAACGUUUUCAAUGGCUUCCUUGCACUUUUUCUUGUGGCAACGUUUGAAGGUUGGGUUGGAGUCAUGCACAGUGCAGUAGACUCCACUGAGGUUGACCAACAGCCCCAAAAGGAUAGCAAUAUGAUUGCAUAUAUAUAUUUCGUUGCAUUUAUUAUCCUUGGGUCAUUCUUUGUGCUCAACUUGUUUGUUGGUGUUGUUAUCGACAACUUUAAUUCCUUGAAGAAGAAGUAUGAAGAAAUUAACAGCAUGGGAAUGUUCCUGACAGAGUCUCAAAGGAAAUGGGUCAACUUCCUGAAAGAGGCAGCGAAGAAAAAGCCCCAAGCGAAAGGAAUAAGACCAAAAGAUCGAUUUCGUGCCUUCCUAUAUGACGUAGUCACAGGAGACAAGUUCGAGAUCGCGAUUCUGACGGUGAUAAUAUGCAACAUGGUGAUGAUGAUGAUACAACAUCAUGGACAAUCCGAGCAAUUCUCUAGCGUUUUAAGAAUAUCAAAUUUGGUGUUCACGGGUAUAUUCACUGCAGAGGCCAUGGUGAAACUAGUUGCUUUACGACAGCACUACUUCAGGAAGGCGUGGAAUGUAUUUGAUUUUGUCAUAGUAAUAUCAUCUCUAAUAGGAGUGGUAUUGGACGAGGUCAGCGUCAGGGACACAGUGGUUAAUCCAAGUCUCUUGCGUGUGAUGCGGAUCUUUAGAAUCGCCCGACUUCUGCGGGUCCUGGAAUUUGCAAAAGGUAUUCGCCAGCUUCUGGUGGCUCUUAUGAUCUCGUUACCUGCGUUAUUCAACAUUGGAACUUUAUUGUUUCUCGUCAUUUUUAUUUACGCCAUUAUCGGCAUGUCCGCGUUUGGUCGCGUAAAGAAGCAAGGAAACCUGGACGAUAUUGUCAAUUUUGAAACGUUUGGUAGUUCUUUGAUGCUUUUGUUCCGACUGUCCACGGGAUCAGGCUGGAAUGACGUCAUGACUUCACUGUCAAUUCAGCCACCAGACUGCGACCCUUACUAUAAGGGAUAUCCAAAUGGCGAUUGUGGCACGCCUUUAGGAGGAGCAGGAUAUCUUAUCAGCUACAUUGUCGUCGUAUUCAUGAUAAUUGUUAACAUGUACAUCGCUGUAAUUCUCGAGAAUGUUAACCGCGCGCACGAGAACGACGAUUUUGCUAUCACUAAGGAGGACUUUGAAAGGUACUACCUUUAGUGGGCUGCAUUUGUGCCAAAUGGAAAACAAUUCAUCCCUUUAAGCCAGCUUUCGGAUUUCGUGGAUGAGUUGGACAAACCUUUCAGACAUCCUAAACCAAAUGAAUCUCGUUUGCGUGAGCUAAAUAUACCAAUACGUGCUGGGGAGCUGAUCCACUGUUUUGAUCUUUUGAAGGCGCUGGUACGGUGCACCUUAGAAGAACAUGGUGAGUCGUCGGAGGUAUUCCAGGAAAUAACUGUCAGAAUGGAGGCUCAGUUUACCAAGUCCCUCGGUAGGAAGCACUCCAUUGCCAUUCUGGGUUCUACGCAGACAAAAUUUCAAUGUGAAGACAAAACUGAUAUGGUGUAGGAGAGAAGCAUUUAAGCAUUAAAGGAGUGGAAAGGUCGGAGCUGUUUUGGCUACCAAAGCAGAAAAAAAACUGCCCUCAGUUUUAUAGGAAAUGUGUGAACCCUUGUCAUGGGGUGCCACGCUUCAAACAUUUUCUGGUCAUGGACACUAUAGUUCUUAGAAUAAAGAAAAGUCGCAGCUUAUUUUACAGAAGCCUCGCUGUGAAUAUCAUUAUUACGUACUAGGUGAACACCAAAGAUAAAACUGUUCACAGGUGGUUUUAGGAAGUUUACAGUGCCUGUGGGGGGCUUCAACUGUCAUGAAAUGUUGACGAAAAGGACUUGUAUAGUUGCAAUAUCAGUUUCCUUCAAGAAGAACAUGAUAAUCUUUCACGUAACCAUUUAAAAUCGCACUCCUUUUAUGUUAUGUUCGCUAGUGAUAAUUAAUUCAGAUAUGAGUAUUGUUUAGAUUGUUAAAUGACUCCCCGGGCUACCAAGAUGCAAAUUCCUGUGAAGUCGAACUAUUUUUGAGAAAUCAGAGGCAUUGCUAAUUGUUUGUAAUGUUGUAAGGGGUAUUUGAUUUUUUGGGGUUGUAUAAUGUAAAUCAAAUUUGUCCUUUGCAUUUUAAAGAUUCUCUUUCUGAACUGUCUAUGACUACCAAGUGGAUUUGUAGAAAAAUAUUACCUUUAAACCUGAUGUUUGAUGAGUAUCGUCAUUAAUAUUCCUUAAUAUUUCGUUAAUUGUUAAAUAAGAAAAUCUAGCAAGGCAAUUUAAGUCUGUUGCAUCUAUCAACUUUGAAAUAAACGAGGCGAGGUAGCCAUUAAGUUCCAAAAUU